AUGCCACAGUCGCUUCCGACACCACCAUUACCAUCAUCAGAUGACUAUCAGUAUCAAUCACAGCUCCAUUCUUCGUCUUCUCCUGAAGACUAUGGCAAAGGCUACUUACCGUCGGUAUUCGCUGGCCAGGAUGCACAAGCGGAUCUAUCGACACGCCAUAUCGACUCUACGUCAAGCAGCUCGCUACAGAACUUGUGGAACUUUAUGAUGCCACGAGCCCGUUUUGGAUUAUCCGACAACCUCAAGUUUAUACUCAACUGCUGUAUGUGGUAUAUCUCGUCGUCCUUGACCAACAAUACCGGCAAACAAAUCCUCAACAUGUUCAAGUUCCCAGUGACACUGACAUUUAUUCAAUUUGGCCUGGUUGCCAUGUGGUGCUAUGUUGCUGCCAUGGGAUUCGGCGUUACCCAGAUACGAUCACCAACACGACGGAUCGCAGAAACCAUGGCACCGCUUGCCGUCUUUUUAAUUGUGGGCCAUGUGUUUUCAAGCAUUGCCAUCAGUAGAGUGCCAGUUAGUUUGGUCCAUACGAUUAAGAAAUUAAUAUUCAAGGAAGCUAACCUGGGUAAAGGCGAUCCGAACAAGCUCGACAAGAUGAACAUGCUUUUCUACUCGUCGUUAUUGUCGUUCAUCCUCAUGUCUCCGCUCUGGUUGUAUUCCGAUGGUGCUAGUCUCAUGGCUGACCGUGAAACCGAAGUUGGUGCAAGCCAGUUGUGCGUGUAUUUUUUGCUGAACGGUUCGACGAAUUUCGCCCAAAAUUGGUUUGCAUUCACAACUUUGAGCAUGACCUCCCCAGUGACGUACUCGAUCGCAUCGCUUGUCAAACGUAUUUUUGUUAUCGUCAUGAGUAUUCUGUGGUUCGGCCAGCAAGUAUCGUUUGCCCAGUCGCUGGGUAUCAUGCUUACAUUCGUUGGUUUAUGGAUGUACCAAAGUGCCAAGCGUGAUGUGGACCGUGGAGAAACCAAAGUUCGAGAAAAGUCUGUGGAUGUUCUACCCACAUCAUCCGGUUCCUCGGGCUCUUUCGAUAACAAUGGCACGACCAGCUCCAUACAAUCAUGGAUGAGCAGUCGAUGGAACGGAACAUGGGCAGCACGAGGAGGGAAAAAUCAGUAG